AUGGAAGGAAGUCCUUAUAGCAAUUAAGGUUAUCAAUCUUAGUAUUAAUAUAAAUCAAAUUAAUUUAAUUCAGCUAUAGCUAUGAGUAAUAAUAAUGAUUAUUAUGAGGAAUCAGUUUCAAAAUAUGAUUCAGAGUACAAUUAGUCUAGCCAAUAAACCUUCUAGAUCAGUCAAGAAUAAAAGAAUUUACCUACUUUGGAAAAGAUAUAAUGCAAUUAAUGGUAAUUAAGGAAAAUUGGAUACUAAGAGAUUUAAUAGGUUUUUUAAGGAAAAUAAUUAUAAAAUAAUGAUAUGAAUGGAUAAAAUUUGAAUGAUUUAUCGCUUGAAAAUUAUGCUCCUUGGCUCAAAAAUAUUAUUAAUGAGAAGAAUUUAUUUGCUUUAAGUGAAGGAUUAAAGGCUAUAGAGAUAUAUAUAGGUAAUUAUAAAGGAUCAAUGAGUAAUCAAGUUCUGAAAUACUAUGUUGGAGAUUUAAUAGAAAAAGCUCCUUUAUUAAAACCUUUAUAAUAAUAAAUGGCUUCUAGCAUUAUUUGUAAUAGCUUAUUAAAAGGAGAUGCUUAGUUUGUGGUUAGUGAAAUUAUAAAAAGAUUAGACAGCACUCAACCUAAAAUAGUGCUAUUUGGAUUGCAGUUGAUAAAAUUAAAUCUAGAAUAUUAGCUUGCUACACAAGAAAUUAUACUUUUAGAUGAAACUAUGCGCUAAUUAUUUAAAUCUAAUUUAUCUGUUUUGAAAAAUACAAAUAAAGAUAUUAGAAGCACAGCUAUUGAAAAUUUAAAAUUAAUAUAUAUUCAGAGUAAAGAGUCUUACGAGGAAAUAUCAAAAGCAUUUUUGAGUGGAUAAAGGUCAGUUCAUUAGAAGGAGAUUUAAGAUAUUUUCAAGAAAGCAAAAAAAGUUGUAUCCAAAAAUUUGUAAGUAAAAUUGAUUCAAGAGGAAAUGUAAAAAAAUCUAGAUAACGAAAAAAUAAAUAAAUAAGUAAUUUCCAAAGGAUAAAAAGUUGAUUUGUAAGCUAUCAUCCCUGAAAAAUUCUUAGAAAUACCUUCAUUUUAGUAGCCAAACUAAAAAAAGAAUAAGCUGGAAGAAAUGUGGUAAAAUAUCGAAAAGCUUAUUGUUAAUUAAGUUCAAGUCUAUAAUUAUAAGGACAAUAAAGAUUAUUCUAACAUUUACAAAAUUUUAAUUGGCUGCUUAGAAGAAAGUAACUUUUUAAUUUUUAGCGAAGCCUUAAAAUGUGUGCAAAGCCUUAUGAAAGUUAUGAAAAAUGGAAUUCCAUUCCCAAUUUUAAAACAUUUUUUGCUUCUAAUUCUUGAUAAAUUCAGAGGACCAAAAGCUAGAUAGUAUAAUUAGAUUGUUUGGUAAGCUUUAGAUGAUUGCUAUUUUAAUUAAUGCUGCACUAACGAGCAGCUAAUUGAUAUUUUGCUAACAUAAUGUGAUAAUGAAAAAAAUCUACACAUGAGAAUAGGUUGCAUAAAUUGGUUAGGUGGCAGAUUUAUCCCUCAUUCUUUAGAGAUUGUUAAAGAUUCGUUAGAUUUAUUAAAUAUGGAUGCUUAAAUUUAAACUUAAAGAGGAGAAAAACUUUAAAAAUUGAUAGAUACAGUUGAUAAAAAAAUUGAAUAAAUAUUGAAAAAAGCUUUGAACCUUUAAUUAAAAGAGUCUUGCUAAUACCUACUUGCUAGAAAAGCGAACGAGUAUUUUAACGAGUAUGACAAAGAAAAUACAAACUCUCAAAAUUACUAAGAAAGUUAUCCAAGUAAUAACUUGAGUUCUUAGAAUGUUAAAUAAAUGAAUAAAUAAUCAGCCAACUCUUAAUAGUAAGGAGGAAUUGUGAAUUAACAAGGUAAAAGCAAUUAAGCCCCUUAAAAAUAAGUAGAAAAUGUAAAUUUGCUGGACAGAGAUUAUGAUGAUGAAGAUAAUUUAUAGAAAUAAAAGCCUUAGAAAUAAUAAUAGUAAAAUCAAAAUAUAAGCAAUUUGCUUGAAGAUUUUGAUGAUUUCAAUGAUAAUGUACAAAACUAUAAUCAAGAUAUUUAAUCCAAUGACUCUCGCCUAAAAACUGAAGGUAAUAAUAGUAGAGUUCUCUUGAAUAAAGAUUAAGAGACUAUAGCCCAAUCAAUUUAAAAUGAAUUACAUAAUCUUAAUCAAUUAAUUCUAAAACAAUGCAAAAUAUAAUAAAUGGAAGUAUUUUGCUAAGAUUUCUUAAACUGGUUGUAAAACAUUUAAAGUGAUGACAUGUAGGCAAUAUAAGAUCUUUGCGUGAGCUAUUUAUUCGCUUUUUCAUGUGCUGUUUCUUCAAAUAAAAAUGAUAUAAAAUCCUCUCAUUAUGACAAAGCAUCAGAAUUAGUUUGCAAUAGUUUUAUUAUCAUGAAUAAAAGCUGCGUAUCUGUAAACUAAGAAAACAUAUAAAGAGAAAUAGAAGUUAUUUGUGGAAUUUUAUAUUAUGGGCAUAAUCAAAGGAUAAAUUAAUUAUUUGAUAGUGCAUAUUUUGUUUGCUCUUUAGAAAAGCUCUUAUAGACAACUCACAACAUCGUUAAAAAAUACUAAAUUAACAAAAGCCUUUCGCUUUUUAUUUCAUGGAUUUCUUAAAAGCUUGAUAAAACAACAAAAGAUAUUGAUAUGAAACUAUUACAAUCUCUUUUAAAUACUUUAGAGUUUUAUGAUGAGCAAACAGAUGGUAAAUAUAGAAUUCUUGUUGAUUCAAUAAAUUUUAAAAUAGACUUUUAAAAUUAGAGAUCUUAUGGAUAACCAUAAAAUUUUAAUAGAUAAAAUGCUCAUAAAAAUACUAAAGAAGAAUAUAAUAAUACCCCUAAUCAAAACCAAAAAUAUGUAUAAAACUAAAAAUAACAAACUUACCAGUCAGAAUAAAAUGAAUACUAUGAUUCUUAAUAAGAAGAAGAAUAACUAGAAGAAUAUAGCAAUAACAAAUAGAAAUCAAACCAAGUGGUAAAUUACAAUAGCAAUUAAAAUACUAGCAGAUAAUAAUAAUAACAACAAUAACAACCAAAUAAUUCUUUAAUUUAAAAUUCCACUUAAUCUUUAUCUAAGUAGAUAGAAGCAGACUUAAAUAGAGAUUUUGAGACAGGAAUAGAAAAUCUUGUAGCAUAUCUUCAAGAGAUUAAUGAGAUACAAAAUAUAUCAAUUCAGUAAGAAUCUAAUAGAAAUGUAAGCAAGAAAGACGUCUCUCCAUCUAAAAAUUAAAACUCAAUUUCUCCUGGAAGACCAUGGAGAAGAGGUAUAGGUAGAGAAUCUAACAAUCAAACACCUUCUAGAGCAGCAGAAUAACAAUUGAGAGAAAUAAGGCAUUUGGCUGAAAAGGUAUGUUAAAUGACUAACUCUGAUGAUUUAAUAAUGUGCUAGUAAUCUUUUUACGCUAUAUUGCAAAUUAAGCACUCUCUACUUUAGAUAAGCUAACACCCUAAUCAACAAAUGGAAUAUUUAUUUUUUAAUGUAUUUAACAAUAUUUGUAGAUAAAGCUUUAAGACAAUAGAAUAAAAGUAACUAUUAAGGGAGUUCGUAACUUAACUUGAAUAAAAUGUUUACAAGCAGGUGAUAUACACUGCUUAUAAAAAUGCUUUUUCUAUAAUUUUAAAAAAUUAUAAUUCUUUUGCAUAGAAUUAUUUAAUUAAUGUAUUUAUGCAUUUAGUUUAUAAAAUAUCAGAUGAUCAAAAUAUACAAGUUUAAAUUUAAAUCGACUUGAGAGAUGUGCAAUACUUUGUUGAAAGUAUUGUAUACUGCUUAAGUGAGUAAGGGCUCUAUCAAAUGGGUCAUGAAAUUAUGUAAAAGUUGUUUACUGAGUAUGAUAACAAUACUCUCAAAAGAAUUUUUGAGACUGAGCUAGUCAACUCUAUGAAAUACUAUUAAGUCUAUGAAGAAUGGUAAAAAGAUUUUAUAAAUAUUGAUUCUUCAGCAAUAUAGCAUGCAGAAGAUCAUAAUAAUAUCACUGAUAUUUCAAAUAAUAACAUGCAUCUUGAUUUAUAUGCAGAGUUGAAAAACAAUAAUAAUAACAGAGAUCACAGCAAUGAUAAAAGUUUGGCUUCUAUCCUUUUGAGAAACGAUGAAAUAAAGAGUGAUUUACCCAAAUAAAAUUUAAUAUAUAAUUAAAAUAAAUAAGGCAUAAAUGCAAAGAGCCCAAUAUAAAAUGUAAGACAAAGUACAGAAAAUAUGUAAGGAAUGAAAAAAAAUGAACUAUAAUAAUAAAAUUUUUAGCAACAUUAUUAAAGAAAUAUUUUAGAAGAUGAUUUUAUGAAUGAAUAGUAACAUUUUGAAUAAGUUUAAUAUUAAUAAAAUCAUAACUUCAACAGAAAUAAAUCUAAUAGCAACAACAGUGGUCCAACACCAAGCAAUCAAGGAAAUAGAGUUUCAUAGAAUUCUGUAGAUAUCAAUGUCUACAAUACAAAUCAAAAUAGUGUAGGAAUGAUUUCUGAAGAAUCUAUCCUAAAUUACUAUCCUAGUACACAAAGCUAGAGAGGAAAUAACAUUCUUGUAAGUAAUUACAAUAGCAAUGGUGGUAACAAUAACAUUUUCAACAGACCUCCUUAACCAUAAUAAGGAAGCAAUCACAACAUAAACAGCACCAAUAAUUUAAAUAAUUAGCAUCUUUUAAAUAGUAAUAACAUUUUAUAAGAUGGAAGUGUUUACUCUAAUAAUCAAUUAAAUUUAGACUAUUCUAAUUCUAUUUUAGAUAGUAUUAACUUAAAUUAGUAAGCAUAAAAUGGAAACCCUCACAGUAUUAACAACAACAAUAAUAAUAAUAGUAGCAAUUAAAGAAAUUACUAACAAUAGUAAUAGAAAUAAUAAAUUUACAAUAAUAAUAACAACAACAAUAGAAGCUUUCCUAAUUUGGCUAAUUAAAAUAACAACAACAGCUCUAAUUCUAGCAUAAGUAGAAUUACUAAUAACACUGAUCUAUAAAUAAAUUAAUAAUAGCCAUAACUAAAGUAAUAAAAUGACUAAUAUAAUUUCAAUUAAAAUAAUAGCAACAAUAAUAACAGAAGUUUAAUAAAUAACUAUCUUACAUAAGAAUAGCACGAUGCAAAAAUUUUAAAAUAAUUAAAUGAAAUUCAAUAAUAAAAUUCUUAGAUUGUAGGCAUUAGUAGCAGUAAUCUUACAAAUCCAAAUUAAAAAAAUCAAUAAGAUGCAAAGAAUUCACCUAUAAAUAAUAAAAAUUAGUAGCACAGAAAUGCUUCAGUUGAGGGAGUGAAUUAAUCUUCAUUAUAUGAUUAUCUUAGAGAAAACCAAGAUAAUAAUUCUUCUAAUUUAUUUGAUGGCUAAGAAAGGGUAAUCUCAUAACCAAAUUCUAAUAUAAAGAUGUAUAAAACUAAUAGAAAUAAUAUUAGUAAUUCUAUUUCUGUAUCUUAAUUUGCAACAAAUUAGAAUAAUUAAAAGAAUUAAAAUGUUAAUUUAGCAAACUACGAUAGCGUGGAAGAUCAUACUAUCCCAUCUACUAUAAGAAACCCUCACUAAAAUAUUUUAGAUUAUGAAGAGACAGGAACUAAUGAGCCUGGUUCUGCAGAGAGAUAUUCUGGAAUGAAUUCACGUUUACCAAAAUCUGGAUAAAAGCAGAAAUUAACAAAUAGACAUGAUUUGAAUUCUGUAUCUCCAAUAAUCAAAUAAAUAGACUAGCUAUCUUCAAAUAGACAUUAUUAUGUUUCUUAGGAUGGUAAACUCAAUUUUUCAGAUAUGAGCUAUUUACUACCAACAGGCAUGAAACAACCAUAAAAUUUCCAUACUAUUUAGUAAUACAACUCUAAUGGAUAACAAGAUGAAGUUUGGCACUUAAGAUAUUAAGAGGAAAGAGAUUUGCAUCAGAGGACAAAAGAAAAUCUUUAAAAAAUAUAAUAAGACAUUCAAGAAAAAUAGAAACAAGAGUCAGAAUUGCUUUAAAAGUUAGAAGAAGAAAAAAAGGAAAAAUAAUUGCUAUCUGCUUAAAUUUCUUAGCUAUAAAACUAAUCCCUCUAACAAAAUAUCUCUAGGACAACUACUUAUGAUUCCCAAUAAACAGAAGCUUCCAAGGUAAAUGGAGUUUCUUUGUAAGAAUAAUAUAUAAGCUACAAUUCAAGAAAUGCGAUUACUAACCAUGCUAAGAGUCCAUUCGAGCUUGUACCCUAGCGCACAAAAGAGAAAACUGAUUGCAUAAAAUAACUUUAAGAAAUACUCUUGACUUCUGAAUAGCUUUAUAACGAUUUAGGAGAACAAAUAAUCUUACACUAUGAAGGUUUAGAAGAAGUUAUUGACAAAAUCGAUUUUGUAAUAGAUUUAAAACUUGCUAUUGUAGAUAAAGUACUGCUUGAAAAUAUGUCAGAAAAUAAUUUCAGAAUUAUCUUAAUGAUUACCCUUAGACUUUGUACAUCUUAAACAACCCAAAAAGAAAUAUAUGCUGAUAAAGAUUAAAGGACUUACCGUUAAAAUGAUUUAACAAAAGAAUUAUAAACCUUACUUGAUAAUUUAUUGAGUGCUAAAUCAGUAAGCACAGUUUUAAUAAGUGGUUUGAAAAUUUUGAAUUCAUGUGUGCCAUAAGAUCUCUAAACUGUCUACUCAAAAAAUGAAAAAAUGCUCUACAGACUUAUUUUGAAAUGCUUAGAAAAGUUAUUAGGCUGCUAUGAUGAUAAAAAAGAAUUGAGAGUAUUUGAAGUCUUAACUGAAAUUUACAAGUUCUUUAAAUGUCAUCCUCCAGAAAAUUUAAAUGAACAAUUACCUUGUUUAAAGGACUUAGAAUUUAUAUUUAGAUCUUUAAAAACUCUCUCUGACUAAAUGGUAAGUGCUAAUCAUGAAAUGGCAAGUGAAUUCGUUGAAUUUAUAAUGAGCAAGCACAGAAAAAGCGUUUAUUUAGAUUAUCUGUAGUCGCUUGUUUAUAAAAUUAAUGAAUCUAUUAAAGAGAGCUAAAUUUACAAAAAUUAAAUAUUAAAAUCUGACUGA